GAUUCCCAUAGAGGAGCACAAACAGCCUCAGUUUCGGGCUAGAGGAGAAGGCUGACAGCGGACAGUGAAACAAACGAAAGUAAGACAGUGUUACACAGUUUACUGCUUUCAUUACCCGAUGGUGCAGUCCAGCAUCGCACAUGAAAACAUAAACAAGUUGGAAGAAAGAUGGGAGAUAAAGAAGAUUCUAACCCCAGGAAAAGAUGCCGAGAUGAGAUCACAAAGGCAGAAGAGGAGGAACAAACAACUACUAAGAAGCCCUGUGUGACCACUUCAGAAGGUCUGACAGACGAUGCAGCUGAACAACAUGAAACCAGUAAUGUGGACAAACUGGGUGAAGAACAACUCACCAGGAAGGAAGAAGAAAAUAUCAGUGAAGAAGAUGAGGGAGAGAUGAGAAAAGAUCAGGAGAAAGAUGCACUCAGUGUUCAGGCUAGAGGAGAGCAGGGUGAUGCAGAAAGUGUAAAGAAAGACACAUCAGUCAGACAAACAAUUAAUGACAGACACAUGAGCACGGACGAGGACUGUGAAAAACAGAAUAAACUGAUAAAUAGUGAAGAUGAAGAAGUACAGGAAACUCUGUUUAUAAAUGAGGACAGUACACAUUCCAGCAGCACAGAAGAAAACACAAAUGAGAAGUCUGAAGAGUUGAAGGAAACUAAAGUAGAUGAUGCUCCUGUAAAUGUUGGAGAACAGGUGAAACACUCUAGUGAACAACAUCUGGAUGAAGAGACAAAGACAGAGAGGCAGAAACAAACAGAGUGUCAGAAACCUGCUGAAACCAGUUCAGAAGAUCUGACAGACGAGGAGAAAGAAGAACAGGGUGGAGAUAUUGGUCUGGAAGAACUUAAAAGACACACAUCAGUCAGAGAAAAAAGUCAUGUCAGACACAUGAGCACAGAUGAGGACUGUGAAAAACAGAGUAAAUUGAUAAACAGUGGAGAUAAAGAAACCCUGUUUAGAAAUGAAGACAGUACACAUUCCAGCAGCACAGAAGAAAACACAAAUGAGAAGUCUGAAGAGUUGAAGGACACUAAAGUAGAUGAUGCUCCUGUAAAUGUUGGAGAACAGAAACACUCCAGUAAAAAGACAAACACAGUGAAGCAGAAACAAACAGUGAUUCAGCCACAGAGAGUUCAUUAUGGUCUGUAUAACCAGGGAGCCACAUGUUACCUCAACAGUGUCCUGCAAGUUCUCUUCAUGACUCCAGAAGUCCAUGACAGGUUUAAUUCAGAAUUAAAGACAGAGCUGAACCAAAUCUUUUCUGGCCUGAAGAAAAGCACAUGUGGAACAGAAAAAAUCUCAAGGAUUUUGAAGAUUAAAAAUGUUCAUGAGCAAGGUGAUGCUGCUGAAUGCCUGGAGUUGAUUUUAAAUAAGAUCAGCCAACGAGACUCUAAGGAAAUACAAGGACAUCUGAUGUAUACAACAAAAUGCUCUGAAGGCCACAUCAUCAAUAAAGAGACAAAUCCAUUCUGGACUCUUCCACUGUCUCUGAAAGAUAACCACGAUACAACCUACAGUGUGGAAAGAUUAUUUCAAAGGAUUUUCCAGACAAAAACAUUUAAUGGAGACAACAAGGUUCACUGCAACGAAUGUAACAACAAAACAGAGGCAACAAGUGAAUGUGAGAUGGAGAAAUAUCCUCCGAUUUUGAAUUUACUUCUGAAGAGAUUUGACUUUGACUACAGGAGGAUGUCACAUUACAAAUCUGACUGCUGUGUGGAUGUACCUCUUGAAUUAAAGACAAAGAAUCAAACGUACAAACUGUAUGGGAUGGUGAACCACAUGGGCAGUCUAACAGGUGGACAUUACACAGCCACCAUCCUGUCCAAUGAGGACGAAACCUGGUAUGAGUGUAAUGAUUCUUACGUCGGGAAGGUUGAACAGCUGUUUGAAAAAGGAACUUACAAAUCCAAGACUGUAUAUCUGCUCAUGUACAGAGAGUGUCAGAAACCUGCUGAAACCAGUUCAGAAGAUCUGACAGACGAGGUGAAAGAAGAACAGGGUGAAGAUAUUGGUCUGGAAGAACAGAAAGGACAGGAACUGGAAAACAAAAAUGUCAGCAAAAGAGACACUGGUGAUGAAGACAACACACAGAUGGGACAUAGUGAAGAAGAUGAGGAACAAAUGAAAAGAGAUCAGGAGAAAGAUGCACUCAAUCUUCAGGCUAGAGGAGAGGAGGGUGAUGCAGAAAGUGUAAAGAAAGACACAGAAGAAAACACAAUUGACAAGUCUGAAGAGUUGAAGGAAAGUAAAGUAGAUGAUGAUCCUUUAAAUGUUGGAGAACAGUCGAAAUACUCCAGUGACCAACCUCUGGAUAAAGAGACAAAGACAGAGAAGCAGAAACAAAGACAGUGUCAGAAACCUGCUGAAACCAGUUCAGAAUAUCUGACAGACGAGGUGAAAGAAGAACAGGGUGAAAAUAUUGGUCUGGAAGGACAGAAAGGACAGGAAGUUGAAAACAAACAUAUCAGCCAAAGAGACACUGGUGAUGAAGAAAACAAACAGAUGGGACAUAGUGAAGAAAACGAGGGACAGAUGAGAAAAGAUCAGGAGAAAGAUGCACUCAGUACAGGAGAGGAGGGUGAUGCAGAACGUGUAAAAAAAGACACAUCAGUCAGCGUAACAAUUCCUGACAGAAACACAAACACUGGUGUCAAAUGUGCAACAAUGAGGAAGGAAACUAAAGUAGAUGAUGCUCCCGUAAAUGUUGAAGAAGAAUUGAAAUACUCCAGUGACCAACAUCUGGAUGAAGAGACAAAGACAGGGAAGCGGAAACAAACAGAGUGUCAGAAACCUGCUGAAACCAGUUCAGAAGAUCUGAUUGACGAGGUGAAAGAAGAACAGGGUAAAAAUAUUGGUCUGGAAGGACAGAAAGGAGAGGAAGUUGAAAACAAACAUGUCAGCCAAAGAGACACUGGUGAUGAAGAAAACAAACAGAUGGGACAUAGUGAAGAAGAUGAUGGACAGAUCAGAAAAUAUCAGGAGAAAUAUACACUCAGUCUUCAGGCUAGAGGAGAGGAAGGUUAUGAAGAAAGUGUAAAGAAAGACACAGAAACAAGUCAUGUCAGACAAAUGAACACUGAUGAGGACUUUGAAAACCAGAGUAAAUUGAUAAACAGUGGAGAUAAAGAAGUACAGCGAAACAAUUUUAGAAAUGAAGACAGUACACAUUCCAGCAGCACAGAAGAAAACACAAAUGAGAAGUCUGAAGAGUUGAAGGAAACUAAAGUAGAUGAUGCUCCUGUAAAUGUUGAAGAACAGUUGAAAUACUCUAGUGAACAACAUCUGGAUGAAGAGACAAAGACAGAGCAACAGAAACAAACAGAGUGUCAGAAACCUGCUGAAACCAGUUCAGAAGAUCUGACAGACGAGGUGAAAGAAGAACAGGGUGGAGAUAUUGGUCUGGAAGGACAGAAAGGAGAGGAAGUUGAAAACAAACAUAUCAGCCAAAGAGACACUGGUGAUGAAGAAAACACACAAAUGGGACAUAGUGAAGAAGAUAAGGGAAAGAUAAGGAAAGAUCAGGAGAAAGAUGCACUCAGUCUUCAGGCUAGAGGAGAGGAGGGUGAUGAAGAAAGUGUAAAGAAAUACACAUCAGAACACACAAAUGAGAAGUCUGAAGAGUUGAAGGAAACUAAAGUAGAUGAUGCUCCUGUAAAUGUUGGAGAACAGUUGAAAUACUCCAGUGACCAACGUCUGGAUGAAGAGACAAAGACAGAGAAGCAGAAACAAACAGAGUGUCAGAAACCUGCUGAAACCAGUUCAGAAGAUCUGAUUGACGAGGUGAAAGAAGAACAGGGUGAAAAUAUUGGUCUGGAAGGACAGAAAGGAGAGGAAAUUGAAAACAAACAUAUCAGCCAAAGAGACACUGGUGAUGAAGAAAACAAACAGAUGGGACAUAGUGAAGAAGACGAGGGACAGAUGAGAAAAGAUCAGGAGAAAGAUACACUCAGUCUUCAGGCUAGAGGAGAGGAGGGUGAUGAAGAAAGUGUAAAGAAGGACACAUCAGUAAUAAUGAGUUAAAACUUCAAAACUGUUAGAUAUGACACUUAAAUUGCUUUAUUUCAGUCAAACAAAGUAAUUUUUGUUUUGCAUUAGUUUGAUUGUUUAUUGAAUUAAAUAUCAGAGUACAAUAUAAAAGCAAUAUGCCACAUAUAAUACAAUUCUGUACAAUACAAUUACAUGUCUGUCUGAAGAUAUUAAUUCCUGGUUUACCUUUCCACCAGGGGAGAUUAUUUUUAUGUGAUGAUUCUCAGCCAUGUUCUGGAAUUAUAUAUUUUUUUCUGUGAUUUCUUCAUGAUUUUAUUGACAUUUGUUCACAAUAAUGAUAACAAUUAAUGUUAUUUAAAGCCCCCAUGGUAUAAUGUUUGGUAGGAUCUAUUGGCAGAAAUUGAAUAUAAUAUGCAAAGGUAUGUUUUUAUUAGUGUAUAAUCACCUGAAUACGGGAAUUGUUGUGUUUUUAAAUCAAAUAUUACACACUGGUCCUUUAACUGUCCUUAUGGGCUGUGUCUCACCCUCUGCUGCAGCUCCACCUACUGUUCCAAACUAACUAACAUUGCUUCUUCGUCUACAUCCCAUUGGGAGGGAUGCCACAUAGUUUGAAAACCUCUGGUGUAAUCUAUAUGGGUUUGUAACUGCAACCCAUUAAUG